AUGAACUCGUACUUUGAGCAGACUGCGGGUGGCUUCUACGGAAGUCACCACCAUCAAACAGGAGCCGCCAGCCAGCAUCAUGAUCCGGCCACAGCGGCAGCCUAUCGAAGUUUCCCCCUCGGCUUAGGGAUGUCACCUUACGCGUCCACGCAGCAUCAUCAUCACACAUCGUCAUCGUUGGGGAUACAUCCGGGCGGUGGUACCAAUACGAGGCCACCCCAAGACUCGCCAUACGAUGCGAGCGUCGCGACGGCCUGCAAACUAUAUUCGACGACACCCGAGGCAACCGGACACACCACCUCCUCCUAUUCGACCACAGCGACUAAGGAUUGCAAACAACAGGAUCAGGCAGCAGCCCAUCAAAACGGUUACGCGGCAGUGAUGGCAGCCGCGGCCGUCAAGGACGUUUGGCAGUCAGCAACCUCCGCGGCUAAUAGUCAGAGCAAUUCGGUCGUACGUCCGUCCGCGUGUACUCCAGAAGGCACGAGGGUUGGUAGCUACGGUGGUCUCGUAGGCGGCGACCCGGCAUCGAGUCCUGGUAACAACAGUUCCUCGAGGUCCCUCACGUCGUCCUGGAACACCUGCAGUUUGAACUCGUCCGCGAGCCAACCGGUUGCCACGCAACUACAUCAGCAACCCACCGGCAACCAUACCUUCUACCCCUGGAUGGCUAUAGCAGGUAAGGAAGAUAUUGCUAAGCCGCAUUGGACAUGGUUGCAAGGGGCGAACGGAAUGCGCAGGCGCGGCCGACAGACCUACACGCGCUACCAGACGCUCGAGCUCGAGAAGGAAUUCCACACGAACCACUACCUCACCAGGCGGAGGCGGAUCGAGAUGGCACACUCGCUCUGCCUGACGGAACGGCAGAUCAAGAUCUGGUUCCAGAAUCGGCGGAUGAAGCUGAAGAAGGAGAUUCAAGCGAUCAAGGAGCUGAACGAGCAAGAGAAACAGGCGCAGGCGCAGAAGGCGGCGGCGGCAGCGGCCGCGGCUGCGCAUCAGCAGCAAGCAGCCGGUGGGGGACCGGAGGGGGCCAACUAGGGGUACGCCCUGCACCGGAGCCCCCCUGACCACCCCACCGCCAAUCCACACCACCCUCUGCUAGCACCGCAAUGUACACAGCUAUAUUAAAGGUGAGUGGCAGGCUGCAUCCACUGUCUCUGUAAUGCCAAAUAGAUGGUCGAUGUGCGUAUCUGUCGAUCGUCAAUUUAUCGGUUGCGGCGAAUCGGAUGCUGCACCCGGUGAGUGACGAACCCGCCUCACGCUCCCCCGCGCCAGCCAACCAC